AUGCAGAAAUUCGUUUUAUCGGGAGGCUUGGGACUUUUGGGGCAACGAAUCCUGCAGCACAUUGUUUCCUCGGGCCAUGGAUGCGUUCGCGUCAUGAUUGUCGACACCGCUCCCCUACAAGCAGCCAAGUCUGGUGGUCCUCCUACUGCUGCACCUGGCAUCACCGGUGAUCCUGCGGUUGGAAAUGGUGCGAAAUGCGAGGUUCUGGGUUCCUCAACUGCUCGCGGUGCUGCGGCUCCGAUCGCAGACGACAGCAGUACCGGUGCCGUCUCGGUUGUGCGGGGAGAUCUCAGCUCCAGCGACGUCGCGGCCGCGAUCAAGAGCUUCGCCGUUGGUGAUGAUGGUGGCGGUGACCAUGCCGAGACGACGUCGUCAUCAACGCUUUCCGUUUUCCACCUAGCGUCCGUGAUGAGCGGUCAAGGGGAGGAGGACUUCGGGGAGGCCCUGCGCGUCAACAUCGACGGCACAAGAUCGCUCCUGGACACGUGUCGUCAGAUCGGGGGCAGGCCACGGUUUGUGUUCGCGAGCUCUAUCGCCGCGUUCGGCGGAGGCGAGCAAGUCACCGACGAAACGAAGCUCCUUCCUCAGUCAACCUAUGGCAUGACCAAGGCCUGCGCAGAGCUUCUCGUCAACGAUUGCACAAGGAAAGGGUUCGUCGAUGGCCGUAUAGCCCGCCUGCCUACGGUCGUUGUACGCCCAGGUCCCCCCAACCCGGCUGCCACGGGGUGCUUCAGCUCGGUGCCGAAAGCCGUGUUGCACGGGCAACACUUCAUUUCGCCGGUCUCCCCGGAUCUCCGACACGCCUGCGUCGGUCUCUGUUCGGCCGUAGAUGGCUUGAUCCGUUUGCAUGACGCAUCGGAAGCAGACUUUGGGCCGAGAGAUCGCGCAAUCACUCUGCCUGCAGUGAGCCUCAGCUUGCGUGACCUCGAGGAGAGUGCGGCGAGACUCGCCAGAGAGCUAGGCAGACCUCCGGGAACGGUUUCGUAUGAGCCUGAUAGCGCUGUUGAGGCAGUAGUUAAGGCAAUGCCGUCGGCUGUGAAGGCGUCCAACAGGACUGCUAACCUCGGAUUGCUCGAGAGUGCAGGGGCACACGAGAUAGUGGAAGACUACGUCAAGGGCGAGCGGCUGAGGUAGCCCCGCUCGGACGUGAUGACCGCUUUAAAUAUUUUUUUUCACGUGUGUGCGCUCUAUCGUGCCAUUAGUUCAUUGACUGAGGGCAUCAAGGGUCAGCAUGUAGAAGAAGUGAUCAGGAUGUGAGGGAGGGCAAGCAUAUG